AUGGACACAGUUGCUGGAAACGUGCAGAAAAGGCAUGCAAAAUUCCCCUCACAGAUCCUUCGAAGCCUAACGAGCGUCGCAUAUUUGCCCUUCUGCGCCAAUCCUUUCGACACUGGAACCAUGGACACUGGAACCAUGGCUUCUCGCGCGCUGCAAAAUUCCCUCAAGGAUCUCAAAACAUGA